GUGUGGGCAGCCUGCGAAACGCCCCCAAGAUGACCCCUGGACUCCCCACCACCCUCGUCUGCCUCCUGGUGCUUGCGUGGCGAGGCGGGGCGGACGAGGCUGAGUACCGCCUCACACGGUACCUCAUGAGUAACUACGACAAGUCAGUGAGGCCCUCCUUCAAGGCCUCCAUGGCCCUCAACAUCACCUUCGGCCUCGCCCUCACCCAGAUCAUUGACGUGGACGAACGGAACCAGAUCCUUACCACAAACUGCUGGCUCAAUCAGAUGUGGCUGGACUACAGCCUCCAGUGGAACGCCUCGGACUUUGGCAGCAUCCAGGUCAUCCGCCUCCCCGCUGACAAGCUCUGGAAGCCCGAUAUUAUCCUCUAUAACAAUGCUGACAGCCAGUACAACAAUGCCAUCCUGAGCACCAACAUCAUCGUGACGUCAGACGGGAACGUCACGUGGUUGUCGUCGGCCAUCUUCAGGUCAUCAUGUUCCAUCAACGUCGAGUUCUUCCCCUUUGACGAGCAGAAGUGCGUCAUGAAGUUCGCCUCCUGGACAUACGACGGCUUCCAGGUGAACCUGGUGAUCCAGACGGAGGAGGGCGACCUGAGCAACUACGUCACCAACGGCGAGUGGGACCUCAUCGACAUGAUUGUGGACAGGAACGUGGUGUUCUACUCGUGCUGCGAGGCGCCCUACCCGGACAUUACCUACCACAUCAUCCUCAGACGGCGACCUCUCUUCUAUGUGUUCAACCUGAUCCUGCCGUGUGUGUUGAUCACGGGCAUCGCCCUCAUGAGCUUCUACAUGCCCAGUGACUCCGGCGAGAAGGUCACCCUGGGCAUCACCACCCUCCUCUCCAUGACCGUCUUCCUCAUGGUCAUUGGCGAGUCCAUGCCGCCCACUUCAGAGAAACUCCCUCUCAUUGGCCUGUACUACGGGGUGACCAUCUCGCUGGUGUCCUUCGCCACGGGGCUGUCGGUGGUGACCCUCAACAUCCACCACCGGGGUAUGAGGGGCCGCGAGGUCCCGCCCUUCGUCAAGAAGGUCGUCUUCAGCUACAUGGCCAAGAUGAUGUGUAUCCGGCUCGACAUCCCCGACCCCAUGGGCGGCCAGGGCCACAAGUUUGCUAAUGGUGAGGGCUACACCGGCCUGAGGGAGUUCGGGUCCAUUAACCUGGAGAUGAGUGACCGCCUGCUGGACCCGGAGCUGAAGUGUGAGAACGGUGGUGUCGCCCCCACCAGAUUGGCGGGGAGUAUCCACGGGCAGCCCGCGACCAGCUGCCCGGCGGCGGCGGCGGCGCACCCCUGCCUCGACACCUUCGAGCGGCACUUCAUCCGGGUCCUUAACAAGGUCUACCAAACCAUCGAGAAGAAUGAGAUCCGGCUGGCGGAACAGGACCGCCGGGACACGAUCAAGCUGGAGUGGCAGCAGGUGGCCCUCGUUGUCGAUCGGUUCCUACUGUGGAUCUUCAUCGUCGCCACCAUCAGCUCUACCUUCGGCAUCAUGUAUAUGUCACCACACACUAAGCUGUUCACCAUGUAGUGAGGUGCUCACCAUUCCGUCACAAGGACAUGGUAUGGUGCUCACCAUCCCGUUAUCAUGAUACAGUGUGGUACUCAUGAUUCCGUAACCUUGACCUAGUGUGGGACUCCGGAUUCCAUUACCAUGAUAUAGUGUGAAUGCUCACCACACCAUCACCAUGACACAAUGUGUUGCUCACCAUCCAAUAACCAUGACACCGUGAGUAGUGUAAAGUAUGCCAGGAACAGGCACUUUAUAUUUUUAGCAACAGCCAGUUCUAGGCAUACUUUUUUCUAUGACCUCGACAGUAAACGGUCGUAGUCACACAUUUUUUUCGAUGUAUCUCGGCAAUGGGACAUUUUGUUGACCAAACAACACAUCAGAAGAUGAAGGAACGACGACGUUUUGGUCUGUCCUGGACCAUUAUCAAGUCAGGUGUACUCACCCGACUUGGUAAUGGUCCAGGUAAACCAAAAUGUAAUGGUAAAGACGUUUUUGCCAUACUUUUUCCAGUCUCUAGUCAUAGAUUGCUUAAGUGAACCUAAUAUUUGUUUGUCUCUUGACAAAGCUUGCUUGUUGAACAAAGAAAUUAAAGAAACUGCAGAAGGGUUAUAUCUUCUAUUUACAUCCACCCAACCACAUUCAUAUAUAUGCCCAUCCCAUGCUUUAUGUAAUCAAUCGAUCCAUAUCAUCUCGCCCUUAAGACCAUAAGAAUAAGAAUUAAGAAAACUGCAAGAGUUCUUAAUUAGGGAAAUUGCAGAAUGCCUGUUGGCCUACAGGUAAUUCUGAACAUAAUUAAAGAAACUGAAGGGCAAGUCCUUUAUCCUAUGUUCCAUGGAAUACGACCCCAUGAAAAAUCGGUUUUAUAACCAAGUACCCAUUUUACUGUUGAGUUUAACAGAGGCUACAGUUAAGGAUUUGCGCCCAGUAAAUACUCCCAGUCUGGAUACGAACCCAGGACAAAGUGCUCGCAAAACGCCAGGCGAGUGUCUUACCCACUACACCACGGGACUGCUAUAACAGUCCCCGACUAUAUAGAUAUAUUUCGACUACAUAGCACUGGGAAGGGGGUUAGGAUAAGGAUUUAGGAUGGGACGGCAGAAAGGAAUGGUUCCCAGCCACUUGGACUGUCGGGAUUGAACACCGAAUGUAAGAAUAUGGUAAAAAUAGGAUGACUGUAAGAAUAAGGUAAAAAUAGAAUGAAAGGCAAGAAUAAAAAAGAGGUAGGAAUCAGAAACAGGAGCAAAGCUUAAGCCAGAUCACAUUUGUUAAGAAGGUUAGAGUAUGUAUGUACUGUGAAAGGGAAGAGUCAGCAGCAACAAAGCCAGGACUCAGAUUCAUGUUGGUUAUGUCGUGUAUUGAAGUCGAUUCAACAAGACGACAGAGUAGACGCAGGAAUGAUUAUUUUAAAAGACUAAUCUAUAGGAUGAUUUAGACUCCCUAACAUAACAGAAGACAGCAAAGUUUGUGUCUGCAGACUAAACAUUUCUUUUGUGUUCCUUAAGUCCCGGCCAGUUUCCCCAAAGUAUUGGGAGGACAAGACGAACAGAAAAUGGUGUAGACACCAGCAGCACUGGAAGCAGGAGUUGUGUGAACCAGAUUACUCCGAAGAGUGUCAGUUUGUUGAAACUAACUUUUAUUGAUGACACAAAACUAAGCUUGAUGAAGCUUUAUGUCAAGAGGACGAAGGGGUAUUUGAGAGAUUUUUAAUAUAGAUAUGAAGGGAAGACUGCUAUUAGCCCAUACAUAGCACCUCCUGUUUAUAUCAUUCUAACCUCAUUUAUAUAUAUGCCCAUCCUACGUUUUAAACAGUCAAGUGAGCCUUAUCAUCUUACCCAUAAGAAUUAAAGCUACAGUAGGUUUAUAUAUAAGAAAUAUAGAAACUGCAAGAGUCCUAUUGUUCCAUACAUAGCAGCUUGUAUUUAUAUCGACCGUUGCUCGAUCAUAUAUAUGAUCAACUUAUAGUUUAAUCGAGUGCUCCUUAGUGAUAGGCAAAUCAACUCACUCUUAAGAAUUAAGGAAACUGCAUAGGGCAUAUAUCUACUGUUUACAUUCACCCAAACUAAUUCAUAUAUAUGUCCAACCGAUGCUUUUAUAAUAUCCAGUAAUCUGCUCCUCAAAUCACUUUCCCUGUUUCCAUUCCCUGCAGCAAUGGUUAGUCAUGUUAACAGUAAAAAUACAAAGAAAAUACAGAGAAAAAAUACAAAGAAGCAUCCUGGCCAGGGACGAUUUACUGGGCGAUAAUCUUUAACUGUAGCCUCUGUAAUGACAUAUGUUUCAUUCCAUCUACAUUAUACAUAUUCCAAUGGAUUAGUCAAACUUGGCAAAAAUAAUUUAUAAUUUUAUACUAAGAUAUAAUAAUUUCUACACAAAAUCAGAGAAACACACCUGAUAUGAUAUAGAGUCCAUAUCCAGGUAUUAAAUGUUAGGGCAAAGCAGGGUUGGUUGUACUGAUGUAAGGAAAAUGUCCAGUAACAAUAUGUAGAAUGUAAUAUGAUGUGGAGUCGAGAUCCAGGUAUUAGAUGUUAAGUCAAGGAUGAUUAGGUUAAAGUUAUGCAAGGAAAAUGGGGAAUAACAUCAUUUUUUCCAUAAAUUAAUAGGUAAAUACAGAAAUAGUAUUGAGAAAUUUCCCAUUUAUAAAUGGUCAAAACUUAUGUUUCUGAGUAGGUUGGGGUGAAGUAGCUAGGUUUUUGGAUACAUGGGGAUGGCUAAUAGCAUUACCUUUUUUUGGCAUACGGUGUAUCAUGCUUCAAAUAUAUAUAGUAAUAUAUUGUGAUGUAGGGUGGGAUAUGGAAGGUCUUAGGGGACAAAAUCGGCUGGAUUGUGUGGGAAAUGGUCUAAAUUACACUAUUUGGAUAUGAAAUAAUGUUGAUAAUGAUAGCUUAAGAAAUUAUAAAAUGAAGUAAAUAUAGGUGACAUUAAGACACCUAUAUAUAAAUAUAGGUUAUGUUUAGAGGUACUAAACACUGAAAAUAUUAUGGUAACCCCCAUAUACCAUAUAUGUAAUUCAAAGACAAUAGUAAUAUAUAAAAUAGGGUUGAGGAAGUAAUAAAAUUGGU